GUGAAGCAGAGAGGCAGACAGACAGCAGAAAUCUUCUUGCAGAUUAUUCUCACAGACCAGGAGGAUCCAGCAAACAUGUCGUCCAGGCCCAACGGGAGUCCGCCUCCCUACGAGUCAGAGGGAUAUAACGUCCCUCCACAGCCGGCGUACUCUUACUACCCCGAUGACGAGUUUCAGCAUUUCUACCGCUGGACGUCUCCACCCGGCAUCCUCAAAAUCAUGUCCAUCAUCGUCAUCGUGAUGUGCUUGGCCAUUUUCGCCUGCGUUGCCUCCACGCUGGCUUGGGACAAUCAGAGCGCCCUGGGUGGCUUCGGAGGAAUCGGAGGAGGAUACGGAGGAACCUACGGCGCCGGCGCCGGCUAUGGUGCCGGUUAUGGUGCCGGUUAUGGCGGCAACUACGGCAGCUUCGGCGGCGGUGGGUACGGAGCCGGAAACGGUUACGGCUACGGCGGGCUCGGAGGGAACUACAACGACCCGAGAAAGGGCAAAGGGUUUAUGAUCGCCAUGGCAGCCAUCACCUUCAUCGCCGGCCUGGCCAUCUUCAUCAUCAUCGUGUCUCACCAGAGUCUGUCGGAGAGCAGGAAGUUCUACCUGGCAGUGAUAAUCAUCUGCGCCAUCCUGGCGCUGCUGAUGCUGAUAGCGUCCAUAGUGUACCUGAUGGCGGUGAACCCCAUGGCGCAGUCCACUGGAUCCGUCUACGGCAACCAGAUCGCCGGUCUGUGCGCUCAGUACCAGCGACCGCAGCCCUCAGGAGUCUUCGUCAACCAGUACCUCUACCACUACUGCGUCGUGGAGCCUCAGGAGGCCAUCGCGGUGGUGUUCGGCUUCCUGGUCACCAUCGCUCUCAUCAUCAUGCUCGUCUUCGCGCUGAAGACGCGCCAGAAGAUCUCACACUACGGCAAGAGCAACAUUUUGUGGAAGAAGGUGAAGGUAGUGGAGGAGAUGGAGCCGCCGCAGGAUGUCGAGGCCUGGGUGAACAACGUGUCUGCGACUCCUGACCCGCUCCCGGUGUCGGACUACCCCGAGAAGCUGAGAGGCUCCAGGAGUCACCUGGACGACGAAAGCAACUACGACAAACCUCCGUACAACUACACACCACAGCCUGCAGUGGAAGAGAACCUGCCUCUGAACAACAGCGCCCCCUACAGCAGUUACUCCGACGUGCCCAGCUCGGCCGGAAGGCCCAAAAAGAGGCGUGCAGGACGGCCGCGUCGCGCCGAUGGAGCCGACUACGACACCGACUACAACUCGUCAGGAGACGAGCUGGACGACGACGACUUUGACAGAGAAUUUCCUCCGAUUGUAGACGAGCCGCAGCGUAACGACUACAAGCGCGAGUUUGACCGCGACCACCAGGAGUACAAAGACCUGCAGGCGGAGCUGGACGCCAUCAACAAGAACCUGUCGGAGGUGGACAGAGAGCUGGACGAGCUGCAGGAGGGCAGCCCGCAGUACCUGGAUGCUCUGGAUGAGUACAACAGGAUAAAGAGCCUUAAAAAGUCUCCAGACUAUCAGAUGAAGAAGCGCAGGUGCAAAUAUCUGAAGUCCAAACUGAACCACAUCAAGAAGAUGGUCAGCGACUUUGACCGCAGGGCCUGAGCAGCUCUAUGACGAUCUAACGCCUGUCCGACACGGGACAGAGGGGACUAAAUCCGGCUUUUCGGGGAAAGUUUGGAUGCUUUUCAAUGCGAGGACGGAGCCACGCUGAUCCAACAGAGAAGUUUCCAUAGUCUGAGCUGGUGGCUGGUUGCAAAGGUUUUUUUUUAAUGGCACAGAAGACAAAAUUACUUUCUUGUAUAAUGUUGCUGUUUGUAUUAUGACUAUCACCUGCCAUAGACACUGUUGUAGGUAUUUAUUUUGCCUCAUGUUACCUGAAAUAGUCUCUCUGAGGAGAGUGGAGUGAACACAGUUUUAACAUAAUGCCAGUUUGUUUUUAAUAGCUCUUGUUACAAUGACUCAACAUGAGAUGCUCAUUUUUAAAUUUGAAUUCUCAUUUUUUAAGCCUUUCUCAGCGAUAUAAACAUGUAAAUAUGUGGGAAACAUUCAUGUUUUUAAUAGUUUAUUGAGGUAAGUUCACGUGUGUGUAUUAUGGUGUGUUUCUUUUAUGAAUGGUAAAACAGAUGGACACUAUGAAAUGCAUGUUUGAUGCAUAUUGAUGUACUUUUACAAUGAUUUGUGAUGCCCUUUUAUUAAUAAAUUCAUUUAUU